GUUGUUCGUGAUUGCUGUGCUUUCGGCGGAUCGAAGCCUCGCGCAUGACGGUCUUGAAUGUGGGCCUUGGAAUCUGGAUCUAGCCUUUUGUAUGGUGGGCAUGCCGCGGUAUAGAGCCAAGCUUGCAUUCCAGUGGGCAUGGUUGUGGGUGGGCUUGGUGGUGGGUGGCAUAUUGGUGAGUCGGCAUGGUGGCCGUCGAGCAUACACCCAAAGCAGGCAAGGGCUCGGCUGGCGAUUUUCACCCACGCCGUCUUUCCCAUGAGGGCGCCUCCAGAAGCAUGGAAGAGCCAGCUCCAAGCCGGCGCCCGAAAACCGAGGCC